AUGCACCAAAUACAGUGGACCAGAAAAGACCAAAUUAGCAGCAGCAGCAGCAGCAACGCCAGCACAAAAGAAAAACUAAAGAACGAAUACCAUCAGCAGAGACCAGACAAAGGCCAAAGAAGUUACUUAUCGCUUAUCACCACCACAGAUAGACCAGAUAUUACGCAAUCAUCGGAUAUAAAUCAGAGAACGAGUAUGCAUCAAAGGCAGUACACCAGGAAAUACCAUAUUAUCAGCAGCAGCAGCAACAGCAGCAGCAACGCCAGUAGCAAUGACAGCAGUUUAGAAAAACCGAACAACGAGCGACACCAGAGACCAGCCAAAGAUUAA